AUGUCGUCCAGUCACAGGAUCGAAUUUGAUUUGAAGGAGGGUCUUCUAUCCUCGCAAAAUGUUUUAACACUCUUGAUCACUUUCGCCGUGGUAUACUUGAUUCGAGAAUCCUACCGCAGCAACUUCUCCAGAGUAAAGGGAGUCCCAGAGGUCCCCGGAGCCCUGCCCUUUAUCGGUCACCUCCACCUCCUCGGGGGCAGAUCCGGUAGGAACGAUGCCACCGUCUUCACAGCGUGGUGCCAGAGGCUCAACUCGCCCAUUGUCCAAUGCCGCCUGGGCGACCAGCGGACCGUAAUCGUGUCCGACUUUGCCGCCAUCAAGGACCUCUGGGUCGGGCAGUCGCAGUCCAUGAUCCACCGGCCCGCGCAGCCCGGCUUCGUCGAGAAGCUGGGCGUGGACCUGACGGGCUCGCCCAUGACGGAGCAGAUCCGCAAGUGCCGCGCCGCGGCAAUGAGGGCGCUGGGCAAGAUGAGCUGGCCCAAGUAUUGGCACUUGGUCGAGCCGUCGUCGGUAAAGCUGGUCCGCGACGUCUACGAAAAGGGCAAAAACGGCGCCGUUGCUCUGGACACGUACGCCUGGCUUCGGAUGAUCUCGUUUGAUCUCGCCUUGUCAUUGACCUACGGCGCCCGCUUCGGCGAAGUCGACAAUGAUUUCAUGAUCAAUUUCAUCAAAGCCAUCAAUGACAUCUCGGCUGUGCGGUCGUCUACCCAGAACUAUCGACACUUUGUCCCAUUGCUCCGUGUGGUCCCUGAAUCCAACUCCGAGACGGUCGAGGCGGAGAGAAGAAGGUCCAAGCACAGGGACGUCCUGAUGCAAAAGUUCCACGAUCGCGUUGCGUCAGGAGAGACGGUAGAUUGCAUAGUUGCGUCUCUGGGAGCAGAUCGCUUGACUCCCGAAGAGAUUGAUGGCACCUGUCUAUCUCUUCUGCAGGCCGCCCCCGAUACCGUCGCCUCGGGUGUUUACCAGUCCCUGGCGUGGCUAGCCAGUCCCGAGGGACGCGCGACGCAACAAAAAGCAUACGACGCCAUUCUCGAAGCCUACGGCGGCGACCGCGACCAAGCCUGGCAAAUGUGCUUUCGUGAAGAAAAGGUGCCACUGAUCCAGAGCAUCAACAAGGAGACGCUGAGGCAAUUCACCUUUACUCCCUACGCGACGCCCAGACGGACAAACCGAGAGAUCCGCUACGGCAACGUCGUUUUUCCCGAGGGCAUCACCUUUAUCAUGAAUGCGCAGGAGGCCAACCAUGACCAGGCACACUUUGGCGACGAUGCCUGGGAGUACCGGGCGGACCGCUUCGUCGGCAACGACAAUCCCUUGCCGCACCUCACCUUUGGCGCCGGCGUGCGCAUCUGUCCAGCUGUUGCCAUUAGUAACCGGCUCAUUUGUGCCAUUCUCACCCGCAUCAUCUUGGCGUUUGACUUUUGCGAGCCCGAGGAAGGAGAUGGGCGCAAGCCGAAUAUCGACCCUAUCCAUUUCUCCGACGUUUACAAUCAGCUCGUCGCACACCCUAGGUUCUAUGAUGCCAAGUUCACGGCUAGAGACGAGAAGUGGCUGACAAAGGUGCUGGCAGCUAAGUAG